GGCAGGCAGAUGCCGGGCUGGGAGCGGCGGAGCCGCGGGACCCCGGCGGGUGGGGGCUCGGUGCGGCUGCCGCCCACCCCCCCGGCUCUCCCGGGGGCCUGCCGCUGGGACAAGCGCUCACCUCGGGCUCCCCUCCCCGGGGCACGCUGAGCAGAGAGCGGGCGAGCCGGGCUAUUUCAAAACACUUUACAGAGAAGGACCAGAAGGGAAGGAGCUUGAAAGGACUUCUCUAAGGCCUGAGAAAAAGUCCACAUCAUGGGGGAUGUGAAACUGGUGACAACUACUCGAGUAUCCAAAACAUCCCUGACACUCAGCCCCUCAGUUCCUGCUGAAGCACCAGCAUUUACUCUUCCUCCUCGGAAUAUCCGGGUGCAGCUGGGAGCCACCGCAAGAUUUGAGGGAAAGGUCAGAGGCUACCCCGAACCUCACAUCACAUGGUACAGAAAUGGGCAUCCUGUCCCAGAAGGAGACCAUUAUGUCGUGGACCACAGCAUUCGGGGGAUAUUCAGCUUGGUAAUCAAAGGUGUGCAAGAAAGCGAUGGUGGUAAAUACACCUGUGAGGCUGCAAAUGAUGGUGGGGUUCGUCAAGUGACUGUGGAACUGACAGUGGAAGGAAACUCCUUGAAGAAAUACAGCCUGCCAUCCAGUGCUAAAACCCCUGGAGGAAGACUUACUGUUCCUCCUGUGGAGCAAAGGCCAAGCAUCUGGGGAGAAAGUCCACCCAAGUUUGCUACAAAACCCAAUAGGGUUGUUGUGCGUGAAGGCCAAACAGGCAAAUUCUCGUGUAAAAUAACAGGACGACCUCAGCCUCAAGUAACUUGGUUUAAGGGUGAUAUUCAGUUGCAUCAAAAUGAGCGUUUCAACAUGUUUGAGAAAACUGGCAUCCAGUUCUUGGAAAUACAAAAUGUUCAUCUUGCUGAUGCAGGAAUUUACACAUGCACAGUGGUGAACAGUGCUGGGAAGGCAUCUGUGUCUGCAGAGCUCACUGUCCAAGGUCCAGACAAGACUGACACAUACACUCAGCCACUAUGCAUGCCGUCAAAACCAACAACACUUGCUACUAAAGCUGCUGAAAACUCAGAUUUCAAACAGGCAACUAGCAAUGGGAUUGCCAAAGAGCUCAAAUCUAGCAGCACUGAACUCAUGAUUGAAACCAAAGAUAGGGUGUCAGCAAAGAAAGAGUCCUUUUACAUCUCCAGAGAAGCCAAAGAGUGUAAGCAAGUACAGAACCAAGAAGUCAAUGCAGUAUCUCUUCAAGAACCUAAAGGAGGAACAAAGGGAUCUCAGGUCUUGCAGAAAACUUCAAGCACCAUCACACUACAGCCUGUCAAAAUGCAACCAGAACCAAAGGCAGAACCCCAGACCACUUUCGUCAGGCAGGGUGAAGACAGGAAAAGGACUGUGCAGCCCCUGAUGACAACUCAGCAAACCCCAUCUCUGACAGGACAAGUAGGUCCAAGGAGUAGAGAAGCAGAAAAUAGAGCUGGAGCCCGGAAGGCUGUAAUGGAGGAGAAGAGGGAGCCUUUGGGAAUUCCUCCUCAGUUUGAGAGCUGCCCAGAGAGCCUGGAAGCAUCAGAAGGACAGGAGAUUAAAUUCAAGAGCAAAGUUUCAGGGAAACCAAAACCGAAUGUGGAGUGGUUCAAAGAGGGUGCACCUAUUAAAGCUGGAGAAAGUAUCCAAAUAUAUGAAGAAGACGGAGUUCAUUGCCUAUCGUUAAAGAAAGCCUGCUUGGGGGACAGUGGAUCUUACAGCUGUGCAGCUUUCAACCCCAAAGGCCAGACUUCCACCAGCUGGUUGUUAACUGUCAAAAGGCCUAAAGUUGAAGAGGUUGCUCCAUGCUUUUCCAGUGUCUUGAAAGGAUGUACUGUGAGUGAAGGGCAAGACUUUGUGCUGCAGUGCUGUGUAGGAGGCAUACCUGUGCCUCAGAUCACAUGGCUUCUCAAUGAACAGCCAAUUCAGUAUGCCCAUUCCACGUUUGAAGAUGGAGUCGCAAAACUGACUGUCCAAGAUGCCUUACCGGAAGAUGAUGGCAUUUAUACCUGUCUGGCUGAAAACAACACAGGACGGGCAUCAUGCAGUGCUCAGGUCACUGUCAAAGAAAAGAAGAGCAGUAAGAAGGCAGAAAGUGCACAGGCUGUCAAGUUAAACAAGACUUUUGCACCCAUCUUCCUUAAAGGCCUGACUGACCUCAAGGUAAUGGAUGGAAGUCAAGUGAUAAUGACUGUGGAGGUAUCAGCUAACCCACCUCCUGAAAUUAUCUGGCUGCACAAUGGGAAAGAAAUCCAGGAGACAGAAGAUUUCCAUUUUGAGAAGAAAGGCAAUGAGUACAGUCUGUACAUCCAGGAAGUAUUUCCUGAAGACACAGGCAAAUACACCUGUGAAGCCUGGAAUGAAUUAGGAGAAACUCAAACGCAGGCUACAUUGACGGUACAAGAACCUCAGGAUGGUAUUCAGCCCUGGUUCAUUAGCAAACCAAGAUCAGUGACGGCAGCUCCUGGGCAAAAUGUGCUUAUAUCCUGUGCUAUUGCUGGAGAUCCUUUCCCCACCGUUCACUGGUUUAAAGAUGGGCAAGAAAUAUUGCCAGGAAAAGGGUGUGAAAUCCUGCAAAAUGAAGAUAUCUUCACACUGAUUUUGAGGAAUGUGCAGUCUCGUCAUGCAGGGCAAUAUGAAAUUCAGCUCAGGAACCAAGUUGGAGAAUGCAGCUGCCAGGUGUCUCUGAUGCUGCGAGAGAGUUCAGCUUCCAGAGCAGAAAUGCUCAGAGAUGGGAGGGAAUCAGCCAGCUCUGGAGAGCGAAGAGAUGGUGGAGAUCAUGGUACACUAACAUUUGGUAGAACAAGUGGCUUCAGAAAGAGCAGCAGUGAAACCAGAGCAGCUGAGGAAGAGCAGGAAGACGUCCGGGGUGUGCUGAAGAGGCGAGUGGAAACUCGGGAACAUACAGAGGAGAGCCUGAGGCAGCAGGAAGCUGAGCAGCUUGAUUUCCGUGAUAUUUUAGGCAAGAAAGUCAGCACCAAAAGUUUUUCUGAGGAGGAACUGAAAGAAAUCCCAGCCGAGCAAAUGGACUUCCGAGCAAACCUGCAGCGGCAGGUCAAGCCCAAGACCUUGUCAGAAGAGGAAAGGAAAGUUCAUGCUCCUCAACAGGUGGACUUCCGCUCUGUGCUGGCCAAGAAGGGCACCCCAAAAACCCCAUUGCCAGAGAAGGUGCCACCUCCUAAACCAGCUGUCACAGAUUUCAGAUCUGUGCUGGGUGCAAAGAAGAAGCCACCUGCAGAGAAUGGCAAUGCUGGCACCCCAGCACCAAAUGCCCGCACCAAUUCUGAAGCCCAGAAUGCCACCCCCAAUUCUGAAGCCCCUGUUGCCAAACCAGCAGUGAAAAAAGAAGAAAAGAACGACAGGAACUGUGAACAUGGGUGCGCCGUGGUGGAUGGUGGAAUAAUUGGGAAAAAAGCUGAAAACAAACCAGCAGCAAGCAAACCACCACCAAGCAAGCCAACACCAAGCAAAGGAACAGCACCCUCUUUUACAGAGAAGCUUCAGGAUGCUAAAGUAGUAGAUGGUGAAAAAUUGGUCUUACAAUGUCGGAUUUCCUCAGAUCCCCCUGCAGCUGUCACCUGGACUCUGGACAGCAAAACCAUCAAAUCAUCAAAGUCCAUUGUCAUCUCCCAAGAAGGAACACUGUGUUCACUUACCAUUGAGAAGGUCAUGCCUGAAGAUGGAGGGGAAUACAAAUGCAUAGCAGAGAAUGCAGCAGGAAAAGCUGAAUGUGCUUGCAAAGUGCUGGUGGAAGAUAGUUCAGCCACAAAGACCCCAAAGCCUACUGAGAAGAAGACCAAGAAGCCAAAGACCACACUUCCCCCUGUGCUGUCAACAGAGAGUAGUGAAGCAACAGUGAAGAAGAAACCAGCUCCAAAGACUCCUCCAAAAGCAGCUACUCCUCCUCAGAUUACUCAGUUCCCAGAAGACAGAAAAGUCCGUGCUGGUGAAUCAGUGGAAUUGUUUGCCAAGGUGGUAGGAACAGCACCCAUAACUUGCACCUGGAUGAAGUUCCGUAAGCAGAUUCAAGAAAAUGAAUAUAUCAAAAUUGAGAAUGCCGAAAACAGCAGCAAGCUAACAAUAUCAUCAACAAAGCAGGAACACUGUGGAUGUUACACACUAGUUGUAGAGAACAAACUUGGCAGCAGACAAGCACAAGUCAACCUUACAGUUGUUGAUAAACCAGACCCACCUGCUGGAACACCUUGUGCAUCAGACAUACGGAGUUCCUCCCUCACUCUUUCAUGGUAUGGCUCCUCUUACGAUGGUGGAAGUGCAGUGCAGUCCUACACCGUGGAGAUCUGGAACUCAGUGGAUAACAAAUGGACAGACCUCACUACCUGCCGCAGCACGUCGUUCAAUGUGCAGGACCUGCAGGCUGACCGGGAGUACAAAUUCCGCGUGCGAGCUGCUAACGUGUAUGGCAUCAGCGAGCCCAGUCAAGAAUCUGAGCUGGUCAAAGUUGGAGAGAAACAAGCAGAAGAACUUAAAGAGGAGGAAGCGGAGCUAUCUGAUGAUGAAGGGAAAGAAACAGAGAUUGAAUAUCGGACAGUUACUAUCAACACUGAACAAAAAGUUUCAGAUGUCUAUAAUAUUGAAGAAAGACUGGGAUCGGGCAAAUUUGGACAAGUCUUUAGGCUUGUUGAAAAGAAGACUGGAAAAGUGUGGGCAGGAAAAUUUUUCAAAGCAUAUUCAGCUAAGGAAAAAGAAAACAUAAGGGAUGAAAUCAGCAUCAUGAACUGUCUACAUCAUCCAAAACUUGUCCAAUGUGUAGAUGCCUUUGAAGAAAAAGCCAACAUCGUCAUGGUCUUGGAAAUGGUCUCAGGCGGAGAACUCUUUGAACGAAUUAUUGAUGAAGACUUUGAACUGACAGAGAGAGAAUGCAUUAAAUACAUGAGACAGAUUUCAGAAGGAGUUCAGUACAUCCAUAAGCAGGGUAUUGUGCACUUGGAUUUGAAGCCAGAAAAUAUUAUGUGUGUCAACAAGACUGGUACAAGUAUCAAACUCAUUGACUUUGGACUUGCAAGAAGAUUAGAAAGUGCAGGUUCUCUGAAAGUUCUCUUUGGGACACCUGAGUUUGUGGCUCCAGAAGUUAUUAACUAUGAACCUAUUGGAUAUGAAACAGAUAUGUGGAGUAUAGGAGUUAUCUGCUACAUCUUGGUCAGUGGACUUUCUCCUUUCAUGGGAGACAACGACAACGAAACCCUGGCCAACGUGACCUCAGCAACGUGGGACUUCGAUGAUGAGGCUUUUGAUGAAAUCUCUGACGAUGCCAAGGACUUUAUCAGCAAUCUACUGAAGAAAGAUAUGAAGAGUCGCUUAAAUUGUACUCAAUGUCUUCAGCAUCCAUGGCUGCAAAAAGACACCAAAAACAUGGAAGCCAAAAAACUUUCCAAAGAUAGGAUGAAGAAAUAUAUGGCCAGAAGAAAAUGGCAGAAAACAGGCCAUGCUGUCCGAGCAAUAGGAAGGCUGUCAUCCAUGGCAAUGAUUUCUGGUAUGAGUGGGAGGAAGGCCUCUGGGAGCUCGCCUACCAGCCCGAUAAAUGCAGACAAACUAGAGAACGAAGAUGCUUUCCUUGAAGAAGUGGCUGAGGAAAAGCCCCAUGUAAAGCCAUAUUUUACUAAAACAAUCCUCGACAUAGAGGUUGUGGAAGGAAGUGCUGCUAGAUUUGACUGCAAAAUUGAAGGCUAUCCUGACCCUGAGGUAAUGUGGUUCAAAGAUGAUCAGCCUGUCAAGGAGUCCCGUCACUUUCAGAUAGAUUAUGAUGAGGAUGGGAACUGUUCUUUGACUAUUUCUGAAGUAUGUGGGGACGAUGAUGCCAAAUACACCUGCAAAGCUGUUAACAGCCUUGGGGAAGCAACAUGCACCGCAGAACUCCUUGUGGAAACAAUGGGAAAAGAAGGAGAAGGAGAAGGAGAAGAAGAUGAAGAGGAGGAGGAAGAAUGAAACAAGGCUCAAAGAAAAAAAAAAUGAUAAAAAUAUAUUUAAAGACUCUCCUUAUAAGGCUCAGAAAACCAAGUUAUCAAAAGCACCUUGUGUGAUACAUAGGUCUUUGGGGGGUUGUUUUUUCAGCAUGAUCAGUUGAUACCUGUUUGCUUUAUGUAUGGGCAUUAAUUGAAAGCAGCAGGCAAUCUAAGUUGCUAGCAUGAUUGGAUUUUAAGCAAGUCAUCAAGUAAGUUGCCCAGUCUAUUUUAAAAUUAGAACGUAUGGAAAACAAGUUACAAUUAUAUUCUGAGCUUCUUAAAGAAAAGCAGUAUGGUAACUGAGCUCAUUGCUCUAUAACAUCACUUUCCUCAGCCAAAACUGCAGCUAAGUUGGCUCCCUAAGGUUUACUUUACAAGGAAUCAUUUGCCAGACAUGCAGUGAAUCUCUCCAGUCCAAAGAAACAAGCUGCUCCCAGAGCAGGAGCAUCUAUAAGGGAAGGUCUGAUAUAGCCAGCAUUGCAAUUUCUAUGUUGGUAUGAUUCAUUCUGCAUUUGUUUUAAAUGUAACUCCAUUGUCCUAAUUUCAGACACAUCUACUGCCCUUUCUCAGCGUGCUGCUGGUGCAGUUCUAAUCUUACCAGCUUUCCCUUAUAGAACCCGUCACCUCAGCGCAGUUACAGCUGCCGACUUAAGAAACAGACUGAAAGACUACAAAGACAGAAUAUUUUCUGUUGUUCUGGUCAGUUUAAUAUUGAUUUUAUGAUUCAUAUAUAUGCUGCUGUGAGAAGUAUGUUAUUGCACAAUCAGUGGCUUCGAUGUGCAUGUGAGUGAAUGGAAUCACAGGUUAGUUAAAAAUUCACUUGCAUUUGUUUGGCAAUUGCAAAACAGAUUUCAACUGAUGGUACGCUGGAAACUCCCAUAGAUUUUUGGAGUAGCCAAAAAAAGACAGUAGUCUGGAUUAAAAACUCCUUUAUACUUAGCAGUUUCCAAAGAAUCUUAACCUAUAUAGGACCUUAUUUGUACCUUAUGAGCUUGACUGUCUUGUUUUUGUCUUGAACCUGCACCAGUAAGGCUGUUGCCUUUUUUUAAAAUGCAGAAAAAAAAAAAAAAUGAAACAAAAAAAAAUCCAAAACCCUGUGUUUUUUUUUUUUCUCUCAGAAAUUGUUAAUGCACUCAAGACUUAAUAACUUUGCUUUCCUUUCACAGUAUUGGCACUUUUAAAUUUUUUGUUGUUGUUGUUGCUGUUGCUCAGAGGUAAUAUCAGCGGCUGAAAGGUGAUAUGCAUAAUCCAGAAAGUGUCUUAUAUCUAUGUAUCAUUCCAAAAGUGAAUCUUUUUUCUUUUCCAUUUUGUGUGUAAAGUGCAACCAUUUGCAUUUCAAAGGUUACCUCUUUAAAAAAAAUACCUUAAAUCCUCACAAUUAAGUAGUCAGUGUACUUUAUUACAGAUGUGUACAAUAUCAGCCUUAGGUUGUUUGAUAUUACCUAGUUGUGUAUGUGUUUCAUAUGAUUUGCUCUUCUACAUUCAAAGCUCAACUAAUGUGGAUGACACAAUGGUUUUUAACUGCUUUACUCUUUGUUGCUAAGUUCAGAUUGCCAGCAUGUCUUUUCCUUUUCAAUUGAUAAAGAACUCUUGUUAUACUAAACACAGUAUUGCCACAAUUCCUUAUACAGAAAGGUUUUAAUCUGAUUUAGAGCAUACAAAGCUUUUCUCACGUUUUUAAAUGUUUUAGGCAACAAUGGGGUGUAUUUUGUACCUUAAUAAAAAUAUGUUAAUGUUUUCCCUGUUUGUUAAACCAUCAGAAUUGCAAAGAUGAGAACGCUACGGCUGUAGUUUACUCACAGUUCCUAAAUAAAUAAUACCACAAAGCAUGCUACUUGUAUACUCUAUUGCAGGCGUCACUGCGGUCACAUUGGCUAAGCAAACCUACAGCAGCAGUCUUUUCCUAUUCUGUCUUGAGACCUGCCUGGCACAAAAACGGAUGAGGUGGCAACAGUGAAACAUGCUUGGUCUUUGCGGUGCUGCCGUGCUUCUCCUGUCCCCUCAGCACAGGCGAGCGCUGCAGGGAGGCUGCUCCGUCCCAGUGCCAUCAGGUGCAGCGUGGGGCUGGCACGACUUACAGCUGCGUGCUCUGCCAUGCGUCUCCAGCCUCAUCGCGUGGUCACAGGGGUAAACGUGGAUGGGACGCCAUGGCAGCUCUGGUUUUCUCUUACAGUUGAGAAUUCCUGAUGACAGGGAAAUGUACAGUUCAGAAAGACUGCAAGAGCAAGAGGGAAAAAAAAAAUAGGAAAGGUGCACACUUACACCAGUGUUCCUAGGAAUUAUAAAGAUGAAGAUAUUUAACACCUUUGCUUAUGCUGCCUUUAAGCAGACCUUUCAACACACAGUCUGAGGCAGCAUGGGCGAUGCAGGACAACACAGAAAUUCCCUAAAACAAAGGUUGUGAAACAUCUGCUUGUAGCAACACGUUUCUUGAGCAAACCUUCAGCCCUUGAAACAGUCAUCUUUGCAAGAUGGACUGUACCAUCUGGUGAAUGCACUUAACUUUAUUCACUGGCUGCUGGUUUCCAUUCAGAUAGUCACAUUUAUAAAGCAGUAAAAGACACAGGUUUGAUAGCCUAUGACCAGGGCAUGGCAAGGUCUGUAGGAUCGUGCACUGGGUAUCAAAAGCCACAAACAAUAUUGGUGAUACUGCACAGAUUUUUCCCUUUGCUCUCCUCAUUUAAUAGUCCUUCAGCAGCCUACAGGCUAUAAACUGCCUCUUUUUCCCCAAGGACAUAAUGCGCUUGCCAUCCUUCUGUUGCUGCCUGUUAACAUCCAUUCUACUCUGCAGGAAAAAAAUGAGCUGCAAAAAUGGUGUGAUACAUAUCUAAUUCAAAUUUGAGCAUUUGAUUCCAACUUGUAUUUAACCUUGAUUUUUGUCUUCUGUUUGAAGAAUAGGAAAAAGACUAUUUUAACUGAAGAAGGAUAUUUUAUGUACUUGAAACCGUGUCUAAUUUUGCCAGCCAUCCUAACUGGUCUAAUAAAGGGUAUUACCUCUUCCU